CUCAGUUUAUCGGCAGCCGGCUGAGAGCGAGCCCGUCUGUACCUACCAUGUUCGUAAUAAGGCGGAUACGAAGUGCAAAGUUCACUGCCAUACCAAAAUUAUCGAGACAUAUCCACAGCCACAGCGUACUGUUGAAACAAUCAGAACAUCUCAAUAUAGACAUAAAGGGACACUCUUUAAAGUUCCCUUUCGUGUGGCUCAGGGACAAUUGCCAAUGCGAGGAAUGCUUCCAUAAAUCGGCGAAGAGCCGGAUUCUUGACUGGAGUAACUUUGACGUAAAUGUUCAACCUAUAGAUGUAACUAGAGAAGGGAAUUCUAUACGCGUCAGUUGGACUGAUGGCCACCAGUCUUCAUACAAUAUCGAAUGGCUAAAAUUCAGAAGUUUUACUCCUGAGAACCAGAGAAAGUACAGUGACACGAUUUACAAGCCGAAGAAAGUGACUUGGCACGGCAAAGACUUCCAAAAAGUUUUUACUAAACACGAUUACAACGAGAUUUUGCGAUCGGAUGAAGCUCUUUACAACUGGCUUCACAAUUUCUCAGUAUACGGAGUCGCUUUGAUACAAAAUGCACCACAUUCCGAAACUGCUGUAGACCAAAUCGUUGAAAAAAUUGGGUUCACGAAAAGGACUCACUAUGGGGUUAAAUUUGUAGUUCAACAUGUACCCAAUACGAGCAACGUAGCGUAUUUAUCGAGCAAUUUGCAAAUGCACACAGAUUUGCCAUACUAUGAAUACUGUCCUGGCACCAACUUACUUCAUUGCCUGGUCCAGACAGCGAGUGAUGGAGGAGAAAAUCUGCUCUCAGACUGCCAUCACGUAGCGCGGUACAUGAAAGAGAAUUGUCCAGAAGAAUACACUCUUCUAACAGAAACAGAAGUAGAGUGGAGUGACGUCGGGGUAGAACACGGCAACGAGUUUUUCAAACUUUACCGUUCGCCCGUCAUAUGCCUUGAUUCACAUGGGGCAAUUAUAAGAAUAAACUUCUCUAUUCCCCAAAGAGGCAGUCACUUCCCAGGGCCUAUUGAGAAAGUGGUGCCAUGGUACAAAGCUCACAGCUUAUUCUUGAAUUUAAAUCAUCAGUUUUCCGCCAAAUUUAAAACACAGCCGGGUGAUAUCCUCGCCUUUGAUAAUAUCAGAUUACUGCACGGUAGAAAUGCGUACGAAGAUGACACCAAUAAUGUUAGGAAAAUCAUAGGGGCUUACUUGGAUUGGGACGAGAUAUACUCGCGUUUAAGGUGCUUGAAGGUCAAAUUGAGAAAUGAGGAAGGGAUUUGUUAACUUUAUAAUGUAGGUAUUUCUUAGUAAAAUUUGUAUUUAUUAAGGUAUAAGUUGUUUAUUCAUUUAUUUUAAUAUAAGGUUCAGAUUCAUGAUUUUCCACCAUGUUUUUAUUAAGUAGUAAUAUAAGUAACAUUGUGUGUAGUUUGGGUAUUCAUAUAAUAUGAAUUAUGAAUUACCUAUGGUCAUCGAAAAACAUAUUAUUUUGUGUUGUCUAUAGAUUAGAAAAGAAUAUGUUUACACCACGGUUAUACCUCUAUAUAGAAGGCUACUUACACAUACCACGUAUUAAGCACUCGGUAAGAGAGCUGUGGUGUACUGUGCAUUAGUUGGAUUAUGAUUUUGACCAAUGACUUUUGUAAUAUUUUUAUAAUUGAGAUAUAA